AUGGCCGAUAUCGAAACCCUAGGUAUUCUAGAUGAGAUUCAAGCACUCGUCUCCGAUAAGCUACAAGUGGUUUCUUACAAGUGGCUGAGUCGGAACUUUUUGGUGCCAUCAAAUACUGCCAAGAAACUCCUUCAAGAGUUCGUGGAAAAGCAGGGAUCUCAACUGGAAGUCUUAUAUUCUUUAUCUGGAUGGUUGAAGAAUAAUCCUUCAGUUUACCAUACAAAGCUUGUUUUGAGCUCUAAACUUUCAGAAGCCAAAAAAGAAUUCGGUGACAAUUGUUCAGUUCAAGUAUAUAGUGUUCAAGCUUGUAUCCCUAAAGAUCCAUCAGUACUUUGGAAUGCUGAAUUUAUACAAGCAGAAGAGCUCUUCAAGGAGCCCCCAAAUAUUGUUAAUUGCUUACGUGACAACAGGUUUUCUGGGGUCUCAAAUUCAUUUGUGAAACGCAAUGCUGAAGGAACACCUAUAGUCAGCAAAGCUUCAUUUCAAGAAAAAAAGGUUGAAGAAUCAAACCCUAAACCUGAUAAGGGAAAAGAUAUUCAAAAUGGAAGCCAUAGGGCCCAAGUAACUGAACAAGAGGUCAAACCAGUUCCAAAAAAAGAUCAAGCUCCUCAAUUGCCAAACAAAAAGAAAUCCCAGAAUGAUAAAACCUCUUCUGGGACUUCAGGUUCAUUAGCUAGUAUGUGGGGUCGUGCAUCUACAAAACCAAAACCCGAAUCUGCCCCUGUAAAAACUGAUAAUCCCAUUCCUGUUUCAAAUGAUGCUCAAGUUCUUGCUAAUGAAUUGGAAGAAGAUGAUAGUAGUGGUGAUGAAGAUAAGCAAAUGAACUUCAAGAGAGGCUCUAAUGGUGAUGGGAAUAAUAGAAAAAGGAGAGUUGUCAUUGAUUACUCUGAUGAAGAUGAUGAGAUAAAAGAUGUAGUGAGUUUAGCCUCACCUGAUCCUCCAAAAAAGCAAGUUUCUGUUGAUUCAAAGAAAAGCUCUAAAAAAACUACAGCUGUUGAAAAUAAGAGCUUGGAUUUUGAUGAACCAAAGGAAGAGAAAGUGAAGGUAUCUGAGAUUGAUGCUAAAAAUAUAUUGAAAGAAGAAAACCAUGACAAGAAAAUUGGGAAACCUAUUUCAAAUGAGAAAAUAUGUCCUGAAAAAGAUGAUGUAGAACAGAAAGCUAAAGGGAGUGAUGCUGCUCAAAAGGCGAUUAAAAAGAGAAAAGUUUUGAAGACAAGAAUCGAUGAGCGUGGGAGAGAAGUAACUGAGGUUGUUUGGGAGGAUGAAGAAGCGAAAGAAACAAAGCCUGAUGAUAAUACAACAAAAAAUAAAGACGACAAUAAUACCAUUACCACCAACAGGCCUCUUGCAGCUCCCAAGAAGGUUGGAAAUGUUCAAUCAAAUGCAACAGGAAAAGCAGGAAACAAGAAAGCCAUUUCCAAGGAUCCAAAACAGGGGAAUAUCAUGUCCUUCUUCAAAAAGAAAUAAUGAGACUUGAGAAGCAAGUUUCCUCAUUUAUGGAUAACUACUGUAGUUUUGUUAUGUAGAAUUUAUUUUUAUGCUGAUUAAGAUGUACACUCGUUUGGUUAUAUCAUGCUUACAUUUUAGCCUAUGGUUUUUGCACAAGAUAACAGAACUAGAAAAGAUGAAAGUUGUAAGUUAUUUUUUUUUUCAUAAGAUUUCUGGAACCCAUCACAAAAAUAUGCCUAAAAACUAAUAGAACUACAGAAUGGAAUCAUGAGCCUGGAAAUGUUGAAAAGUAAAAGUGAAACCAGGCUUUAAAAAAAACCAUUAAGAUACAUGUAGUAAUAAUAAUAAUAGUAAUAUAUCAUUAUAUUUAUAUCCCCCGUUUGUUUGUGUGCUUCUUGUAUUAUCUGGAUCAACUUAGUUGUAUUAAGUUUGUUGGCUCGCUCAACACAUACCUCGGUAUUUCAUAUUUAGUACCUGUAAAUCAUAACAAACUGUCAUAUCUGAUUUAUGAACAAUGACACCAGCGCUGUCUAUGAUUGCUUGAGCAAGCUCUAUAUCAGCUUCUGCUGCUGCAUGUAUCGAAUCCCAUAUUUCUUUUUUUUUGGAUAACGUUAAAUAUUAUCAGAAGAAAUGCA